AUGGCUCCGGGACAGAGCCGAAUGCCACGCGAGCUCAUCAACGCGUUCGCUUCUGCCGAAUGCUCCUCGAGUCCUCGCAUCUGUCCAAGUUGGCUCCGUACCUCCGACUCCUCCUACAGGUCGCGCUCGUGCGCCGUCGCGAGACCGAAUGGAGCGAUCCCGCGACAGGCUCUCCCGCGACGAAUGCUCGUCGCCAGUGUCGCUCUGAUCUCCAUUGCGGCACUCCUAGUACAGCGCUACGGUGGCGUCGGAGGGAGAUUCGCCGCCUCGCUCCUCCCGAUCCUCAGCUCGAGUUGUCCACAUCCGACCAGAACACGACCAGCGCUCUCGCCAAGCCUCACUCGUGCCAUCGACCUACCGUCUCAUUCUUCCUUCUCCGUCGCCGUCAACUACGACCCCGACGCCUGCAACGCCUUCGAGGUGUCGAUCACUCGUUCCGACAAGUCCGUCUGCGCAACGGCGUCGACGAUCGUGCCGUCCAAGGACGAAGACCUUGCUCGGUACAUCAAGGCGAGCCUCGGUCCCGAUACCUUUGAGGUACGCUUGGAGGGCGCCGAGCGGUUAUCACAGCAUGUCCCGACUCGCUUCAACACAGAGGCGUGCAGCUACCACUACGGCUUCCAACUGAACAACCCUGGUCGGGUCUAUCUUCACAUCUCCCACCUCUUCGUCGACUACCACGGCUACCGAGAAGACUCGCCUCAUGUUGCGGACCCAUUCCCUGAUCAGCCUCUUCGCCACAGCGUGCUCGACAGCAAGACGCCCGUCGAGCUCAGCUUGUGCUCCAUGUGCGAGGGGAUCAACAUCGCGACAUCCUCGCCUGCUCCGCAUCUUCCCCAAUGCGACAUGCGGAUCACCCCUCCCGGCACCUACGUCCCUUCGCCCCUCGCCCUCCAGCGUACUCUGAACCCCUUAGACUACGGUCUGCCAACAAUCGACGGCCGUCCGCUUGCCGGGCUGUACGACUGGACGCCUCAAGAAUGUCGAUGGGAUCAUGCCGGACUUCGAGGCCGAGAUCACGCUCCGUGCCUCACCAAUCCGCACAGAGCACUCUUCGUCGGUGACAGCCAUGCGCGCGUUCUGGCGGAAGCGACAGCACAUCGCCUGCUCAAUCGCCAAGGCAUGCUCAACGUAACGGUUAAGGCUGGAAGCCGCCCGGUCAUGGGCAACUUGACCUUCCAGGUCGUCUGGGAUCCGUACGCGGAGUUUUCAGGCCUGUGGGACUGCCCAUUCUUGGCUCGCUAUGAUUCCGUCCUCUUUGAUGUGGGCACGCAUUCGCUCGCUUGGCAUUGCAACGCGACCUCAAUCUAUACAACGUUGCUCCGGUCAGCAUUGCAGGGCGUGGCGGACUGCGCCAAGCAGGCUCCGACGCUUCGACCCGGUCGACCCGCGCAACGCCUCCUCUUCCUCACGAUGCCGCCGCACUUCAACAACAAGCUGCGCAAGCAAGACUGCCGCACGGAGCCUCGUAUAGCGCGUUGGAACGAGCUGGGACGGGACCUGGCGGUCGAGUUCGGAUGGGAUGUCCUCGACUUCUACAGGCUCGCCGCGCCAAUCACCCCCGACAUUUAUCUAGGCGACGGAACGCACUACCUCAAAACGGACGCGAUUGAGCCUCUUGUAGAUCAGUAUCUGGGCAUGUUGGGCAUCUGCGACGGGCGAUAG